CUCUCUCUCUCUCUCUUUUCUCUCUCUGCUUUGCAGUUCAAAGGCAGAAUCUCAUUUCACAUUUCUGUCUCUCCAUUGUCGUCUUCUCUUCCACAUACUCAUACCCUUAUUAUCAGAGAUUCCCUCUCUACUUCUCUGUGUAUAUACACAUACAUACAUAGAAUUGUGAAAGAAGAGAUUGGGUUAUGAUGGCGGUGGUGAUCAGCAGGUGUUCUCACACUUCCCACAUCACUGAAAUCAUCAUCACCAGCUUUUUCCGCCAUAAGAUCUAAACCCCCAGAUUUAAUUUUCCGUUUAUUUGUGUAUGCAAACCGGGUUUAAGGGAUAAGGGAGGGAGAGGCGCUCCGGGAUCGAGAUUACCGUAAACUCUAGCUACGGCGGCUGCCUGAUAACCCUUCUUUUGUAAUUACCCUUUGGCGAUCUUCUCUUCACAUCUAUGGAAGCGGGUCGCGGUUUGUUCUACGGCGCCGGCGCCGGCGAUUCUAAUUUCAACACUCUUUUUCUUCAGAACCAGAGGCUUCCGUACCAGUCCUCCAAAGAGCCUCUCCUCACACCAGGCUUUUCACCUUCUUUUCGUGGCUCAGGGUCAAGUUCCAUGGUUAGCUUCUGUGAUGGCAAAGGGGGAUUCUUUCGAAAAUUUGAUCAAGAUGAGAAUGACUGUGAGAACUACGACGAUUACUUUCUUCAGCCAGAGAAGAAGAGGCGGCUUACAGGUGAGCAAGUGCUCUUCCUUGAGAAGAGUUUUGAGGUUGAGAACAAACUCGAGCCAGAAAGGAAGGUUCAGCUCGCUAAGGAACUUGGGCUGCAGCCGCGCCAAAUUGCAAUUUGGUUUCAGAAUCGUCGUGCACGUUGGAAGAACAAACAGCUCGAGAAAGAUUAUGAUGGGCUGAAGGCUAGAUAUGAUGAUCUGAAAGCAAAAUACGAUAGCCUUCUCAACGAGAAGGAUAGUCUGAAGGCCGAGGUUCUUCGCGUCAUGGACAAGCUAGUUGUUAAGGGUAAAGAAAAGGAAACGUUAAAGUUUCGAGAUGAUAUCCAACACCCUUCAGAAGCAGUGUCAAAAGACCAUAUGGCUGAUUCAGUUGCGGCAUCAUCCCCAGCCCUGCCUGUUAAGCUGGAAGGUACAAGCCCGAGUAAGAGCGAUGUGUUGGAUUCAGACAGCCCUCGCUACACCGAUGGGGUUCACUCAUCUUUUCCAGACAUCGGGGACUCUUCCUAUCUCUUCGAGCCAGAGCGGUCAGAUUCAGAUUUAUCACAGGACGAAGACGAUAGCUUCAGCAAGAAUUUCAUGGCUGCUUCGGAGUCGUUGUCUGUGUUCCCAAAGGUCAGAGAAGAUCAUUACCCCAUAGCCAUAACUCCCACCAAUUCAUCCUUGUAUGGAUUCCCAGUUGAAGAUCAAACCUUUGGGUUUUGGCCUUAUUAAGCUGUCCUCUCUAUAUACUUUGUUGUUUGUCUCCGAAACAUGGCAUCUUAGUGGCUGCAAAUACUGGUUGACUUGGUGAAUUUAUGCCCUGCAGGGACAUAGGUGAUGUUCCUUAUAAAAUGGCACCAGGUUAGCAAGUAUGCCUCACUGCCCAUUCAUGUAUUAUUGUAUACUAGUUCGUUUCAGCAGCAAUAAAUCCAAUCAGGAAUUGGAAACCAUGUAAUGUUUUGAAGUUAAUUAAGACUGUAUCAGAUGCAUUUUGCCGAGUGGAUAUA